GAUGAGAAACCAGUGGAUAGCAGCAGUGUUUAUCAUGGCAUUCUUGGUUUUCAGUGCUCAUUCUGAUGACGAUGAUUGUUAUGAGGCUUGCAUGCACUUCUGCUCAGACACUCUUUCUGAAGACUGUAAGCUCCACUGUGAAUCUGUUUGCUCUGAUAAGGUUCCAAAAACUGUGGAUGGACCAUUUUUCUGCAAGCUUGGCUGUUCCCUUCGUCAAUGCUCUCACAUUUCUACAGAUAAGGCGAAAUUUCGCAGCUGCAUGGACAACUGUGGGGAGAGCUACUGCAAGCUACCACAUCGCAAUUAAGUAGCCAGCCAAGCUGGUGUGAGGCUAGCUAUAGCCAGCAGUAUGACAAUGAAGUCCAAAAUAGUCUCCUAUUAGCGAGUCAAGCUGGUGGAAUAAGAGGACUAUUCACUUGAA